GGUGCGAGGCUCCAUCACUCCUCGGAGACUCUCCAGCUCGCAUCAUCAUGUCUGUCAUCCAGCAGAGCAGCUUCAGCGCCCGCAGCCUGUCCAGCAGCAGCAGCCGCAGCAUCUCCAGCGUCAGCCAGGCCGGAGGAUGGAUGCAGCAGGGCCGCAUCUCCAACGGGCCCUACCUCGGCCAGCGGGCGUUCAGCGUGUACGGAGGAGCGGGCGAGUCCGGGGUCCGCAUCUCCACCUCCGUCUUCCCUGCAGAUUCGCUGAACCAGUACGGGGGCACCUCGGUGAUCGGAGAUGAGAAGAUCACCAUGCAGAACCUCAACGACCGCCUGGCCUCCUACCUGGCCAAAGUGCGCUCUCUGGAGUCAGCCAAUAGCAAGCUGGAGCUGCAGAUCAAAGAGUUCUAUGGCAAGCGAACUCUUGUGACCAGAGAUCACGCUGGCUACUUUGCCACCAUCGCCGAGCUGCGAGAUCAGAUUGCAAGAAGACAUUCUGCAAACCAAAGCGUCAUCCUGCAGAUUGAUAACGCUCAACUGGCUGCAGAAGACUUUAGAGUCAAAUAUGAGAUUGAGGCCAACAUGCGUACGACGGUGGAGGCUGAUGUGGCUCGUCUCCGAGGAGUCCGGGACGGUCUCACACUUACCAUCAGCGACCUGGAGAUGAGGAUUGAAGGCCUGAAGGAGGAGUUACAGUACAUGAAGAAGAACCAUGAGGAGGAGAUGACUCAGGUGAGGAUCCAGCAGAGCGGCAACGUGAACGUGGAGGUGGACAGCGCUCAAUCCGUGGAUCUGACCAAGGUGCUGGAGGAAAUGAGGGAGCAGUAUGAAUCUGUGAUGGUGAAGAACAAGCUGGAGCUGGAGAAAUGGUUCCAAGCUAAGGUGGAUUCUCUCCAGACGCAGAUCAUCACUCAUACGACGACUGUGAAGGAGUCUUCAACGCAGCUGUCAGAGCUGAAGAGAACCUACCAGAGCUUGGAGAUAAAUCGGCAAAGCCUCCUCACAGAGAUGCAGCUGCUGCAGCAGAAUGUGGAGGAAGCGAAGAGUCGCUACAGCAUGCAGCUCAGCCAGCAGCAGAUGACCAUCACCGCCCUGGAGACGGAGCUGCAGCAGCUCAGACUCUCAAUAGAGCAGCAGCAGAUCAGCUACAACCAGCUGCUGGACAUCAAGAUGAGGCUUGAGCUGGAGAUUGCAGAAUACAGGAGGCUGCUGGAAGGAGAGCAGACGGUUCAAAAGAAGUCUGUGAUCAUCAGCAAGGUGGUAGAAAAAGUGGAAGAACACAAACCCCACAUUGAGAGGAGAGUGAAGACCAUCACGGAGGAAGUCGUUGAUGGAAAGGUCGUGUCCUCCGCUGUCGACACCACAGUGGAGACUAUUCAGUAACACUUAGCUCAGCCCUGCUGCCUUUAAGCUUACAAUUUUACAUCAAUUUCAUUUAAAUUGUCUUCAAUCUAUUGGUAUAAUUCACUUAGUUGGGAAAAAGCGUUUAUUGGCACUUUCUUUCUUUUCUUUUGACUGGAAAUGGAAAGUUGCAGUGAGGCACGAUCUUUUCUUCUGAUGAGCGUAAAACCUAAAUAUGAUCAGAAAUCAGAAAACAAAGAUGAAGGGUCCGUGUACGGAUCUGGCAAUUGGAUUUUCCGUUCUGAAACGGGUAUUGAAAAACAAAAAAACGAGUGGUUAUUUGAUUUUCGUUCUAAAAUACAAAAAUUAAAAUUGAAAUACAAGGCGUUUUUCCUUUUCAUGAUCAAAAAGCAGAGAUGGCGAGCUGAAGCUUCAUGAAGCAUUGAGGCUUUCCAUCCAAUUGUUUCACUCAUGGUUCGAAGCUUCAUGGUGCUUCAUUUGCUCUACUGCGCCAUCAACUGGACAAAUAAAAGUAAAACAGGCAGAGUGCCUAUAGUGACACUAGCUUUGCUAUGUGAAGCUUUGAAUUGUGCUUAAAUGAUAAUGCCAAUAAACAAGUAAUAUACUUAAUAUAGUGUCUGCUUUUCCUGAUAGCAGGGGCAGAGGGGGAAAUGGAAACAAACUGGGGAGAGAUUUGUAGCUUGACUGCUUGAUUGAUGUCAGGUUCUGGCUUUCUGUAAAGUGCUUAGAUACUUUUAAUUGUAAUAAGGGCUAUAUAAAUAAAAUUGAUUGUGCUUUU